GCCGGUUUGGGGGGCGCGUUGCCCGGAGACCGAAAGUUUGCGAGCCAGAACAGGCUUGGCGGCGGCCCCGGAAAGGGGGUCCAGGGGGCGGCGGCCCUGGGGAUGGGGAAGGAGCAGGAGCUGCUGGAGGCGGCCCGCACCGGACACCUCCCGGCCGUGGAGAAGCUGCUGUCCGGGAAGCGGCUCUCCUCAGGCUUCGGGGGCGGCGGCAGCGGGGGCUCAGGGGGAGGCAGCGGCGGCGGCGGCGGCGGUGGUCUUGGCUCCUCGAGCCAUCCCCUAUCCAGCCUGCUCAGCAUCUGGAGAGGGCCAAAUGUGAACUGUGUUGACAGCACUGGGUAUACACCUCUGCACCAUGCUGCUUUGAAUGGCCAUAAGGAUGUGGUCGAGGUUCUUUUGAGGAACGACGCGCUGACCAACGUGGCUGACUCUAAAGGCUGUUACCCUCUGCACUUGGCAGCCUGGAAAGGAGAUGCCCAGAUAGUGCGAUUGCUCAUCCAUCAAGGGCCCUCACACACCAAAGUCAAUGAACAGAAUGCUCUUGAGAUCAAAGAACUCAAAAAGUACGGCCCCUUUGACCCUUAUAUCAAUGCCAAGAACAAUGACAACGAGACGGCCCUGCACUGCGCAGCACAGUAUGGCCACACGGAGGUGGUGAAGGUCCUCUUAGAGGAGCUGACUGACCCCACCAUGCGCAACAACAAGUUCGAGACGCCUCUGGACCUGGCUGCACUCUACGGGAGGCUGGAGGUGGUGAAGAUGCUCCUCAACGCACACCCCAACCUCCUGAGCUGCAACACUAAGAAGCACACCCCUCUGCACUUGGCAGCAAGGAAUGGCCACAAAGCCGUGGUCCAGGUCCUCCUGGAUGCCGGCAUGGAUAGCAAUUACCAGACGGAGAAGGGCAGUGCUUUGCAUGAGGCUGCUUUGUUUGGCAAGACCGAUGUGGUGCAAAUCCUGCUGGCUGCAGGAAUUGACGUCAACAUAAAAGAUAACCGUGGACUGACUGCCUUAGACACUGUCCGGGAGCUGCCAUCUCAGAAGAGCCAGCAGAUAGCAGCACUGAUCGAAGAUCACGUGACUGGAAAAAGAAGUGCAAAAGAGGUAGAUAAAACCCCCACAACCCAGCCACCUCUCAUCUCCAACAUGGACUCCAUAUCCCAGAAGUCUCAGGGUGAUGUGGAGAAAGCAGUGACUGAACUGAUCAUCGAUUUUGACAGCAACAUGGAAGAGGAGGGUCCCUACGAGGCUCUGUACAAUGCUGUCUCCUGCCAUUCAUUGGACAGCACGGCCAGCGGGCGCUCGUCUGACCGGGACUCCGUGAGCAGGGAGGCCGAGACGGCGGGAGUGAAAGCUGCUGGAGUGAGGCCUAGGGAACGUCCUCCGCCUCCAGCAAAACCACCACCCGAUGAAGAGGAGGAAGACCGCAUAGAUAAGAAGUAUUUUCCCUUGACAGCUUCUGAGGUCUUGACCGUGAGACCCUGGAUUCAGGGGAGCGCAGCCAGGGAGGAGGACGAGCAUCCUUAUGAGCUACUGCUGACAGCAGAGACAAAGAAGCUGGCAUCCGUGGACGGAAAGACAAAAGGUCCCAGGUCCUUCACGGGGUAUUAUUACUGCUUCCUUCAGUCCUCUGACAGCCCAUGGUUCAGUGCCGAGGAAGAAGGCGACCGGAGCGGGGCCAGAAGCCGAGCCCCUCCCACCGGCAGACCAAAAGCUGAGCUCAAACUCAGCCGCAGCUUGUCCAAGUCUGACUCUGAUCUCCUGACCUGCUCACCCACGGAGGACGCUACGAUGGGGAGCCGGAGCGAGUCCCUGUCCAACUGCAGCAUCGGGAAGAAGAGGCUGGAGAAGUCUCCCUCCUUUGCCUCCGAGUGGGAUGAGAUUGAGAAGAUCAUGAGCUCUAUUGGAGAAGGGAUCGACUUUUCUCAGGAACAGCAGAAGAUCUCAGGUUCGCGGCCGCCGGAGCAGAGCGUCGGGGAGUGGCUGGAGGCCGUGGGGCUGCAGCAGUAUGAGAGCAGGCUGCUUCUCAAUGGCUUUGACGAUGUCCGCUUCCUGGGGCCUAAUGUGAUGGAAGAUCAAGACCUGCGGGAAAUCGGCAUCAGUGAUGCACAGCACAGGCGGAAGCUGCUCCAGGCUGCGCGGUCCCUGCCCAAGGUGAAGGCUCUGGGCUAUGAUGGGAACAGCCCCCUGUCAGUGCGCUCCUGGCUGGUCUCCCUGGGCCUGCAGGACUAUGUCCCUUCCUUCCUGUCGAGUGGCUACAGCUCCAUUGACACUGUGAAGAACCUCUGGGAGCUGGAGCUUGUCAACGUCCUAAAGGUGCACCUGCUCGGCCAUCGCAAGCGCAUCAUCGCCUCCCUGGCAGACAGACCCUACGAGGAGCCGCCCCAGAAGCCCCCCCGGUUUUCCCAGCUGAGAUGCCAAGACUUGCUCUCGCAGACGUCGUCCCCCCUGAGCCAGAAUGACUCCUGCACCGGCCGGUCGGCUGAUCUGCUGCUGCCUUCUGGGGACACGGGCAGGAGGCGGCACGACAGUCUCCAAGACCCUACGGUGCCCUCUCGGGCCGAGCGCUUCAGGAUCCAGGAAGAGCACCGAGAGGCCAAGCUGACCCUUCGGCCCCCAAGCCUGGCUGCCCCCUAUGCCCCUGUGCAGAGUUGGCAACACCAGCCGGAGAAACUCAUCUUCGAGUCCUGCGGCUAUGAAGCCAAUUAUCUGGGCUCCAUGUUGAUCAAAGAUCUACGAGGGACAGAAUCCACGCAAGACGCCUGUGCCAAGAUGCGGAAAUCCACGGAGCACAUGAAGAAGAUCCCCACCAUCAUCCUCUCCAUCACCUACAAAGGUGUCAAGUUCAUCGACGCCUCCAACAAGAACGUCAUCGCAGAGCACGAGAUCCGGAACAUUUCCUGUGCAGCCCAGGACCCAGAGGACCUCUGUACCUUCGCCUACAUCACCAAGGACCUGCAGACCAGCCACCACUAUUGCCACGUUUUCAGCACGGUGGACGUGAACCUGACCUAUGAGAUCAUCCUGACACUGGGGCAGGCGUUCGAGGUGGCCUAUCAGCUGGCCCUACAGGCCCAGAAGUCCAGGCCAAUGGGGGCCUCUGCCGCCGAGAUGAUCGAAACAAAAUCUUCCAAACCGGUGCCUAAGCCUCGGGUCGGCAUGAGGAAGUCAGCACUGGAACCGCCCGAUAUGGACCCAGAUGCCCAGUCCCAUGCCAGCGUCUCCUGGGUUGUGGACCCCAAACCAGACUCUAAGCGGAGCCUCAGCACCAAGUAUGAGACCACUAUCUUCUAAGCACCCACCCCGUCUCCACUAGUCUCAUGUGCCUUGCCGUCCGUCCUUCUGCUCUUCUCAACUCUCCUUCCAGCUGCUGACGCCAAGGUCCCACCCCCCCUGGGACCUCUCCUCCUGGGGCGGCAGCUUUAGACACUGCACACUCUCAGCUUGCACCUAACACCACCGGACACUGUGAAUUCCCCCCUUGGGCGAGGACAGCUUGGCGGGGGGGCAAGGUGCCUUUGAGGUGGGCACCAAGAGGGCCUCAGCGGGCGGGCACCAUGGCUCCUGAGGCGGGGGCAGUCUCCGGGCGGAGUCCACUCGGCACUGGAGGCUGCUCCCUCCGAUCGGCCGGGGCUCCCUGUCGGCUCUCCUCUCCCGUCUUCCGAGCCACGGCUGGGUGCCGUUGCCAAGAGCUAACUGCACCUUUCCUGACACAACCAACCACUGUGACCACCUGGGGCCAGAAUCCCCUUGCGCUCUGCUAACAGCUGGCCUGCGGCCCAUCCCUCUUAAGAUUGCUGGCCUCCCCCUGUGAGACCCUCAGCUCAGCGAUGUGGCUUGAACAGGGUCAGAACUCUUUCUGUGAGGGCCCAGGGUCUGUGCCAGGUCCUAGAGCACAUGCCUGACUCCAAAGCCUGGGGCUCUGAGCGACUGAACACCCACAGGCUGGCUCCACACAGCAGGUGUCUUGGUCCUGAUGGGUCUUGCACUGCAAGGAAUGGGAUGGCUCCUCACGUCUUCACCAGGGAGUCCCCGGCUGGCUCUGGAGUCUGGCUCGAGGAAGAGGAAGGCCUUCCUGUAGGAGCCAGCAGGAGGGAGGCCAGUGCCCUGCACACACUGUGCACCUUCUUCCCUCAGAACGGAGCUGCUCAAGGACAGGGACCUGGGCCGAGCAACAUCCGUUGUCCUCCAGGAGCUUUCUGAUGCUUCUCCACAGUGUGGGGACCAGAGAUAGUCAGCUGGCACCCGGUCCCUUCCCUGAUCGACCGCCCUCAGCCUCUUGACUCCUGAGAAGGAGUCCAUCACCUCAAAGCAGUUCAGCAGCUGGGAUGGUGGAGUUGAGGCUUUCAGAAGGCCCACGUUCUCGCGUGAGGGCAUGUCAGCUUAGAUGGCGGGAGAGGAGAGCCAGUUUCCGUGGGAAGAAGCACUGUACACGUAGCGUGGCCCAGUAUGAGAGCCAGUAAGUUGCAGCGGUUGCUUUAUGAGUUGAAACCCAAGUCGACAAACCGGGGUGGGUCCUCCUGCCUGCCUGUCCUCGUGCCUUCCAAGCAGAUGCGCUGAGCCACGGAGGGUGCUCAGGGGAGGCUGUAAGGGACCUUCUGUUCUGCUUCCGUGUUUCCUUUCCGUUUCCUCCACCUUGUGCAGGCCCCUUUGGUUAACCCUUUCCUCCCCCCCGUUGUGUUUGCUUCUGCCAAGCUGAGCCACCGAGGAACCAACUGUGCUGCGGAAACAGCCAUGGGGAGCGCAGGCUCCCACCGCCGCCGCCGCCACCGCCACCACCGUCUCAGCUGCAGCUUUGAAGACGCAGGCCCCACUACUGCCCGUAGGACCUCCUCGCGGCUGCAUGGUCCGGGCCUGCCACUGCCAGGUCUCGCCGAGUGAGCCCUGCCCUGGUUGCGGAGCAGCCCUCCAGGCCUCUAGCAGAUGAGGUUGGAACUCCAGAGAGCCAAGAAGUGACUUGUCCAGAAAACAUUUUUUAAUAGAAAAAAAUUUUUUUAUAAAAUGAACUUUCAACACUUGGCUCAACCCUCUAGGUUAAACUGCCAGUCUUUAGACAAUGGCCACAGGGUCAGAGGACAGCGGGCCUCUGUCCUCAGGCUGGGGUCUUGGCGCGCUUGAGCAGCUCUGAGAGAAGGUAGUGGGUGAAUUGAAUCGGCUCGACAGACCCGCCAGUCAGCUGCUCUUCCUUCUGAGCCGCACAGCUUCUCAUCCCCGCCUGGAGCUGGGGGCAGCCCGUAGAGGCGUCUGGCAAAAGCAGAGGCUUCUGGGGUUCCAAACGUGAAGGUCUGGGGCCGCGUGGAGAUGCACAGGCAGGUCGCGGUGCCCAAGCUCUGGGCUGCUCCUCUGUCUCGGACCCAGCGGUGGUCAGAGCGCUGCCCUGGGCUGCCUGGCCGCAGGCCCUCCGGUGACCUCAGACUGUCUGAGUCGAGGCAGAAAGGAGAAGCAGCAGCUUUGUUUGUUUGGGGCAUUGACGGGUAGGUCGGCUGAGGUGGCUGCCUGCUGACUUGCGAUUUGUCUAAUCAGGUCUGUGUGAUUAGGACUCACUUUGGUUCUCUGAAUUAUCGGUUUGAUUGUCAUCCUUUCAGCUGCUGGGCUCCCCACUGGCUCCAAGGGUAGAGAAGGCUGAAUCAGGUGACAGUUUGAUUCUCCCCAAGUGUGGCCUUCAGGGCAGGCUGGCAUCUGGGCGCUGCUGCUGCCUGAGCCCUCCUGCUGGCUGGCUUUGCUUUUCACCUUUGGUUGCGUUGCUCCUCCUGGAGGCAGAGCCAGAGGGACUGUUCCUGUGAGGCUGGGCCAGGUCAACUGCCCGUCCAGCACCUUCCAGAGCAGAGCCUUUCCUCCCACGGGGCCGGAGCAGACCUUCCGCUUUGCUGGCACAGCGCAGUCUGGUCCCAGGAUCAGUAGUCCAGGCUUCAGUAGCGCCUCUCUCUCUCCUGGCAGGGGCUGUGAAUGAGCAGGGAGCGCUCUGGCGCACCUUCAUAGCCCUGUGGUCGGCCAGCAGUGGAAAGCUGGGCCGCGUCUUCCUGCUGACCUGAGGCUGGGCCCUGUGGGUUUCCUUUCUGCUGAGCCGUCCACACCGCAGGCCUGGGGAGUCACACCCCCUCUCACUGAUCCUGCCCUUCUCGGUACUAAACAAGGACCUCGAUACCGGGAAGUCUGACUUCACGUCCUGCUGCUUCCAGGGCCCGUCGGCUUCCACUGAGCAGUAUUCAGCCCCUACUUCCUUCCAGGUAUGGACGAGGAACCCCGAGCUGGAUGGGUAAACCGCGGCUCCUGCUGCAGUGCGAGUGCUGUGCCCUCUUCCUCCUGAGGAAGGCCGGUCUCCUCUAAGCAGCCCUCUCUUGGUGGGUGGUGGGUCCAUAAAGAAAACUGUAGACACUACGAUGAGUUCCUCAAGCUGUCUUUAUUUUUAAGUCAUAGGUAGGUGUCUCCUCCCCUUGAAGCUGCUAUAUCUUCUUUAUUUAUUCAGGGUGUUUCAUGUUGGAAAGCCUUGGCUAAUCUGCUCUGGCUCUGGAUUUUGUUUUGAGCUUGGUUUAUUUCUCAAUAGCCAAGAAAGGAAGGGACUAGAUAUUUUUUUUAUUCCUCCUCCGGGACAGGUACUCUCCCUCCCCUAGAAAGAAAAAUUUUAACACCAGGACAGGCUUCACAUGGAGAGAAGCCCUGCUUCUGCACGUGAGCACAGGCCCUGCAGUGUGGCAGCCCCGUUCUGAACUGUGCAGGCCGUUCAGGCAGGACCUGAGAUAGGUCAGUACCUGCCCGGCCACAGGCUCUCUGCUCCGCCCUUCUGCUUGCAGCUACUUCGAGCAGGGCUUCCCUCCGACAGGCUCUGCAUUUGCAACGCUCGCGUUCCCCCGGGGCCCCCAGCUUUGACUCUGGGGAGUCCCCGGAGAAGUCUCGGGCUGAGCAGACUGGUCUGCCCUCGGCCUGUGUUGUGAUGCCCAGGCCUGCAGGACAACUCUCAGAUGCAGUUCACAAAGUGGUGUUGCUAAUGGUGUGGCAAUGGGACUGAAUUGUAAUAAAACGUUAUUUAAUCUUUGUCUCUGUAUUUUGAUACUUGAAUGACUUCCCCUUUUAUUUUACUGUACAUAUAAUUGUUAAUCUGUCCAAUUUUGUCUAAAUUACAAACAUCUUGUGGUACCAAACAUAACCGACCUGUGCAACAACAUAGACUGACCUCACUACACGAGAGAGAGUGUAAAUAUUCCUGGGCUUUCGGCUUUGGUUUUGUUAUUUUCGUAACUGUACAACUUAGAACAGACUGAAUUAAUAAAUGAGAAGCGACAUGAAACCAACCUUA